CAAGGCAGCCCCCUGAGCCCGGGGCAGCCUCGCUGGGCCAACUACGUCAAGGGUGUCAUCCAGCACUACCGGGGUGGUCCCGUGCCAGGCUUCCGGGCCGUGGUAGCCAGUGACAUCCCGCUGGGAGGGGGCCUCUCCAGCUCCGCUGCUCUGGAGGUGGCCACUUACACCUUCCUCCAGCAGCUCUGCCCUGAUGACGGUGAUUCGGUAGCCAAGGCUCUGGCGUGCCAGAAAGCAGAGCACACGUUUGCCAGCAUGCCCUGUGGGAUCAUGGACCAGUUCAUAUCCGUGAUGGGCAAGGAAGGCCACGCGCUGCUCAUUGACUGCAGGUCUCUGGAGACCGUCCUCGUCCCGCUGACUGAUGCCAGCUUGGCCGUCCUCAUCACCAACUCCAACGUGCGUCACACGCUGACGGGCAGUGAGUAUCCCACGCGCCGGCGGCAGUGUGAGGAGGCGGCGGCAGCGCUCAGCAAGGCCAGCCUGCGAGAUGCCACCAUGGCCGAGCUGGAAGCGGCCAGGAGCCAGCUGGGCGAGGAGGUGUACCGGCGAGCCAGGCACGUCAUUGCCGAGAUAGCGCGGACAGCCCAGGCAGCGCAAGCGCUGCGGGACAGGGACUACGGGACGUUCGGGAGGCUGAUGGUGGAGAGUCACAGCUCCCUCAGGGACGACUACGAAGUGAGCUGCCCAGAGCUGGAUGAGCUGGUAGCAGCAGCCCUGGAGGUUGAUGGGGUUUAUGGCAGCAGGAUGACUGGGGGAGGCUUUGGAGGCUGCACAGUGACGCUGCUGGAGGCUGGGGCUGCAGAGAGAGCCCAGCACCACAUCCAGGAGAAAUACAGCGGCACAGCCACCUUCUACCUCACCAAACCCUCCGGAGGGGCAAAGGUGCUGCCCCUGUAG